UGUUGGCAGUUCUGUAGGAUGGUCCAGCUCGUCCAGCUGUACUCGGUGCUUAACUGUGUAAGUGUGCGUGUGAUUGAUAUUUUGGAGUAAUUUAUUUUCGAUAUUUAAGAGACAUUAUUUUACAUUAAGGAUAAGGCAUAAUAGGAUAGAAUGGAUUAUAAGGACGAACAGAACAACGAAAUCGAAGCUUUAGAGUCAAUAUAUUGUGGAGAAAUGAAAAUUCUAGGCAGUACUCCGCAUCAUAAGUUUAUAAUUCCCAUAAAAUCAGAAGAAUAUGAACCCGACACGCAAAAUGGACUGACUUGCAAGUUGAAGUUUAGUUACACGGCAAAAUAUCCAGAGGAGGUACCAGAGGUGGAGAUAUGUGAGUUGGAAAAUUUUGAAGAGGAGGAUGAAGCAUUUCUGAAGGAUCAUAUAAUUCAACAAGCUGAAGAAAACUUAGGAACAGUCAUGAUUUUUACAUUAGUGUCUUCAGCACAAGAAUGGCUUAACACAAAGUGGGAUGAAACACGUAAAAGAAGAGAGGAGUAUGCAAUACUGAAGGAGAGAGAAGCAGAGGAAGCAGAAAUGAAAAGAUUCGAAGGAACAAGAGUUACAGUCGAAUCAUUUCUAGCGUGGAAGGCGAAGUUUGAUAUAGAAUUUGGAGCAAAGAAAAUGCAAGAAAGAGAUAAGGAAACAAGAAAGUUAACAGGAAGAGAGUUAUUCCUGACGGAUAAAACCCUUAAUGAAUCUGAUCUCAAGUUUCUUGAAGAUGGUGGAGAUUCUAUUAAAGUUGAUGAAUCUCUUUUCCAAGAUUUAGAAGAACUAGAUCUUGAUGCUGAAGAUGCACUUGAUGAUGAUAGUUCUUAGCUGGUUGUUAAUGUAUUUAAGCCCUUUAUUUGUGUGAUAGCAUGGAUGAUUGAAUGGAGAGACCAGUGUGUGUGUGUGUGUGUGUGUACAUGACAUUACCAAGUAAAUAUACAAUUUUUUUUAUGUACAUAUAAAGCUGUAUGGUAGCUUGAGUCGUGUUUUAUUUCAACUGGCUCAGGUCAGCAUUGGUGCAGAACCGUGCACUAUAUAUUGCAUCAACACAUUUGUGCCUUUAAUCUCCUCAAGAGUUACACUUGCCACAUUCAUCUUUGUGUAUUUCAAAUACUUUCAUCACAUCUUACUCAUUACAUUUUGUUUAAACAACAAUAGUGUGAAAAGUCAUAGUUCAUAUGCUACAUGGACACACAUGUUCUGGAAAUUAAGAGAACACUAGUAAGUGUCAGGGCUGUGAGCUGAUAAAUAAUUUUAUGAACCAUUUUAUCAUUUAUUGUUAUUGGUCGUAUCUUGUGCUAUUGCAGUGGAAUGUGCAUGCUCUUCAGCUGGGCGAGCAUUGCAUUACUUUUUAAGCCCUAAUAUUGUUACCCCCCCCCCCAGCUAAAAUCUGGCUGCCAGUCUCAUACUACUGGGGAUUUUGAAUUGUUGUUCUUGGAUGAUUAAGAAAAAUUGAUUGGUUAUUGUUUAAUUAAUCAGAAACACUUUUUUACAUGGCAUACCAAAUAAUGUAUCAGUAAAUACAUAUUGUUCAUGUACUAUGAGACCUGGAUUGUUGGUUAAGGGUGCAUUUUAACCUUUCAGUAUCAUACAGGAUAGAAAGUGCUGGAUGAAAAUGCUGAAAAUUAAGCCACUGGCAGAGUAUUUUAUUUUGCAAGUCAAAAUAUCCUUAUUUAACUGAUUAAAUUAUAUGGAACUAAAUCUCUCUCUCAU